CUCUUCCCCCGCCCCCCGCAGUAGCCGCGGACGGGUAGCGGAGUUGACGGUGGGCAGUUUCUCUGGCUGUGUGGACAAGCGCGAUGGCGAGGCGUUGGACGGGGGCUGCGGCAGGAAGGAGUCCAGCAGUCGAGGCCUCCUGCGACGCCACCCUUUGAGCCGCCAUGCAAGUGUGGCUCCUACUCUCCGUGGUGCUCUGCUACCUCGCAGGAAGUGCCCGGCCGCGCUCCUCGCUGCUCAGUGAGAAUGGCCUCGUGUACGGCAAACCGGGGCACCCAGUGAAAAUAUAUGUAAAACUACAUCAAAAUAGUCCAGACCUUUUCUGUAUGGAUUCCCAACGUGCUAGUACAGAAAUAGUGGACCCCACAUACCUAUGGAUUGGGCCUAAUGAAAAAACGUUAACAGGAAAUAAUCAAACCAGUAUUACAGAAACAGGAAAGCUGAUUGUGAAGGAUUUUCAGGAGAUUUUAUCUGGACUUUACACGUGUACUCUUUCUUAUAAGACGAUCAAGGCAGAAACCCAAGAAGAAACUGUAGUAAAGAAGAGAUAUGACUUCCUGAUCUUUGCCUACCGGGAACCUGAUUAUUCUUACCAGAUGUCUGUACGUUUUACCACGAAGUCCUGUGUAGGAAGAUACAAUGACCAGCUCUUUAGGCUGCUGAAGAAAAUCUUGAAUAAUUUAAUCUCUGAUUUGUCAUGCCAUAUCAUAGAACCAUCAUAUAAAUGCCAUGUUGUUAAAAUUCCAGAACACGAUCUCACACGUGAGCUAUUCAUAACCUUUCAAGUGAAUCCUUUCGCACCUGGGUGGAGAGAUGUGUGCAAUGCAUCUGUUGAUUGUGACGAGGUCACUAACGGCAGGAUCCUCAAGGCAAGAGAUCGGGUAGAAGAAUUUUUUCAGAGCCAAGCAAAUAUUUUCUCCCAUCACUUUAAUAAAACAGUACCAGCUAUGCAUUUUGUGGACCACAGUUUGCACGUAGUUCGGAUGGAUAGCUGUCGGCCAGGCUUUGGAAAAAAUGAAGGUCUACACAGUAACUGUGCAAGCUGUUGUGUGGUUUGUAGUCCCGGGACAUUUAGUCCUGACACUGAUGUCACUUGUCAGAUCUGCGUUUCUGUGACUAUCUACGGAGCUAAAUCUUGCCCAUAAAGUUCGAAGAAAAACCAGCAGUGUGAAGAGCAAAAGAGAAGGCACUGACAUUUUGGGAGCAGGAGAUGUAACGUGACUGUUCACAUCCGGAGCAGCAUAGCUAAGUCCAUAAACUAAGACCAGUAAGACCAAGACCUUGGGAAACCUAAAAGCUCAGUUGAUACGGCAUUUCCGGGAAAGCAUGUAACCCGGCAUCUUUGGUGUACGGAAGAGAGUUAACUAUUAGUGGAUGGUUUUUAAUGAGAUAUGUUUUGUUUUUUACAAACCGAAUCUGUUGCUCUGUACUCAGGACUGUACUAAGGUCAAGAAGAGUAGCAAAAUGUAAUAUAAUAAUAAAAAUUUUAUAUUUUCCAUAUA